CCGUCAUGACCCCACGUCACGAGUGCGGAAGUCGACCGAUUGUCCCAGCCCACAUGUCGAACAAUGGUCGCGCAAGGGGAAAAACAACAAGGCCAUAGACCAGGUGUCUAUAAACAGAAAAACAAAGGUCAUAAACAUGGCAAGCAUCGGACGAAAGGCGAAAUUGAGAGAGAAAAUAAAGGAAGGGUGUCGGUGAUAGCCCUCACGAAAAAACUGAGAAAAGAGCAACGAAAGAAUGACCGAAAGAACAAAGCUAAUCAACUACGCAAGAACAAGAGAGACAUGGUCCUAACAGAGAAGCGGCGUUUAGGCAGCAGAGAUGGUCCUCCUAUUCUGGUCGCCGUGGUGUCUCUUCACGCAGCAGUCGAUGCCGGCGCUGUAACCAAAUUGCUUCGUCAAGAGGGCGCCGGCGGCGUCGUACACCAGGAGCACUCUGUCAGCGGCGCCAGUGACAGUUUUGGACUGGUUGUGCCUCGGUUUAAACAAAGAUUUACCGUUCUCAGAACCAACACAGAUGACAUGCAUUCACUGCUCGAUGUAGCAAAGAUGGCGGAUAACCUUGUGUUUGUGCUGGACUCUGCUGAAGGCUGGGACAGUUAUGGAGACUAUUGUCUCUCCUGUCUCUUUGCCCAGGGCCUCCCUAGCUAUGCUCUCGUGUGUCAGGGCAUGUCCGACCUCCCCGUAAAGAAGAAGGUGGAUUGCCGAAGGGCCCUGUCCAAAGUCACAGAAAUCCGCUUCCCCGAUGCUCGGCUCUUCUCUCUGGACACGGAGCAGGACGUCACCCUUCUGCUCAGACAUCUGGGCACGCAGAGACAACGAAAGCUGGGCUUCCGGUCCAGACGCUCCCAUCUCCUGGGCCAACACGUCACUUUUACGCCGAGUGACUCCGCCGGUCUCGGCACCCUUUGCGUCUCUGGGUAUGUCCGUGGGCGGCCUCUUCGAGUGGACAGGCUCGUGCACAUCAGCGGACACGGAGAUUUCCAGCUGAGCCAGAUCGACGCUCCAAUGGACCCACUCCCCCUAAACGCAACUGUGCCCAGAGCAAGCAAGCCCGGCAAGGAUGGGGCGGUUGACAUGAUGGAUGGUGGCGAAGCGGAUGCCCCUGUGCGGGUGCUGAUGAAAGCUGACCCCUCUUGUAGGGAAAGCCUGCAGACUGAGGCUGAGGUGGACCCAAUGGAUGGAGAGCAGACUUGGCCUACAGAAUCAGAGCUGCUCGAGGCCGAAGAGGCCAGAAAAACCAAACGCGUGAUGAAAGUCCCAAAGGGAACGUCCGACUACCAAGCGGCGUGGAUUGUGGAUGACGAUGAAAACGAUGACCCGGAUGAAGAAAGCAGCGAAGACGACGAUGACGACGAAAUGAUGGAUGAGGCCCCCGACAAUGAAUCCCAGGACGGAGGUUCCGACUUGCCCUCAGAAGAGGACGAUGAUGAUGGAGAAGAGGAGGAGGAAGAGGAAGAAGAAUUGUGCUCCACGGAGCGAGCGGGGGCCGACCAGCGCUACGACGAACACGUGGAUGAGGUGGCCGAAGAGGAAGAUCUCAAACGUUACCGCGAGGCGCGAGCCAACGAGAUGUUCCCCGACGAGGUGGACACGCCUCUCGACGUGGCCGCCAAAAUCAGGUUCCAGCGCUACAGGGGUCUUAAAAGUUUUCGCUCGUCCCCCUGGGAUCCCAUGGAGAACUUGCCCCACGACUAUUCGCGCAUCUUCCAAUUCCAAAGCUUCGAGCGUACCCGCCGCCGCAUCCUGGCCGAAGCCGCCGAAGAGGAGGAAGGCGCCAUGGUGGGCUGGUACGUCACGCUCCACGUGUGUGACGUGCCCUCCUCGGUGAUGGAAGGCGUGCAGGCGGGCAAGCCACUGGUCCUGGUGUCUCUUCUCCCUCAUGAACAGAAGAUGUCAGUGAUGCACCUUUUGGUAAGGAGACACCCCAGCAACAUAGAUCCCAUCAAAUCCAAAGAGGAGCUGGUGCUCCACUGCGGUUUUCGCCGCUUCAGGGCCUCGCCCAUCUUCUCUCAACACACUUCAGCGGAUAAACACAAGAUGGAGCGCUUCCUCAUGCCCGACACCCCCUUUGUGGUGUCAGUGUACGCGCCCAUCACCUUCCCCCCGACAGGAGUCCUGCUCUUCAAACAGAGAGAUGAUGGCGUGCAGGACCUGGUGGCGACCGGCAGCCUGCUCAGUUGUGACCCUCAGCGCGUUGUGCUCAAGAGGAUCGUGCUGAGCGGGCACCCGUUCAAAAUCAACCGGCGCUCUGCCGUCGUGCGUUACAUGUUCUUCAACAGAGAUGACAUCAUGUGGUUCAAACCUGUGGAGCUGCGAACGAAAUGGGGUCGGAGGGGCCACAUUAAGGAAGCUUUAGGAACACACGGUCACAUGAAGUGCGUGUUUGAUAGUCAGCUGCGCUCUCAAGACACGGUGCUGAUGAACUUGUACAAGAGGAUCUAUCCACGCUGGACGUACGACCCCUAUGUGCCUUUGCCUCUGCCCUGGUUCAAACGGGAGUCCACGGUGGACGUGCACGACUUGGACAUGGAGUAGCAUGAGACAACAAAUACACAAUUGGUCUUGAACCCGGUUUAAUUUUUUUAUAUGUUUGAUCUACAAGUGGGUGCAGAUUUGGUAUCAUCAUUUCCAAAAGAAUAAAAUCCCAUCUUAAAUUAAACCCUGCACAUUUUUUGAUUUGACUCUGUAGCCUUUAGAUUGCUAUCUUGGUUUUGGCCGCUAGAGGGCAGCAAUGUAUAAAUAUUCCAUGAGUAGAUAUGAUCCUGUAUAAAAAGUUGCAGAAUAAAGACAACUAAAACUUC